CCUCCACAUAUGUUAAAUACUAAGUAUCACCGACCUGAGACACCUUAACCCCUGUUCUUCGUCUCUAUAAACUUUCCUUCACUCUCUGCUACUCAGUUCACUCUAGAAUAAAACUCUUAAAUCUUCAUCUGUAAGAAUUUGUAGGACCCCCAUGAAAGACCCAGAUUCUGUCCGCCUAAACAACAAGAUCAAGAUCGUUGUCAGCUUCAACGGAACAUUCCGGCGCCAGCCGCCGGCGGGAAGGCUCCGGUACUCAGGGGGAGAGUCUAAGAUCAUAUCCGUUGAUCAGGGAGUCAACUUUUCUGUACUGAAAUCCAGAGUGACAGACCUUAUCAUGCAAGCAAACGGCGUCAUCGCCGUCCAAUUUCCGCCGUUCUCUCUCAGGUACCACCUCUCAGGCUCUCAAGAAGAGAGGCCUCUGGUUCAGCUUUCAUCGGACGACGACGUUUCUUCCAUGAUCAAAGAGUUCAUCCGGCUCGAGAAAAUGGGUAAGCCCACUAGGCUCUGGGUUUUUGUGUGCUUUGAUAAUGGUAGUAAUUUCUCCCCUGAAAUCAAUGGAGUUCCCCACAAGAAACCCUUGAAUGGGAAAAACAACGGGUUUGGGAAAAGUCAGAGUUUUGGAGGUGAAAAGGGAAAGAAACUCAGUGAUAAUAGUCUGAGAAAACUUGUGUUGAAGCAACAAUUGUUAGGGAAGAGAUUUGAUGGCGUAAAGCUCUUGAAGGGCGAAAUUAGGCACACAGAGAUGGGAUUCCCAGUUAUAGAUUUAAGCUCUGAAGGUGAAAGCUCUUUGAGUGUUAGUGAAUUCUAUGAUGUGAAGAAUAAGUUAGAGUAUGAACGUAAUAAGAAUGCCCAUUCUGUAGAGAGGGCUGAUAAUUUCAAAAAUGUCUCAGAGGAAUAUUCGUGUGAUGAUUUAUUGGGGCAUGUUCACUUGAAUUUUGGAAAAGGAUAUUCUGGUUGUAAUUCAUCAAUUCAAUGUUUAUGUUAUGAUCAAUUUGGAUCCAUGAACCUGAGAGAGACGACAAUCAUAAGUGUUCAUCCUCAUCAUCAAGCUAAAGAUCCUCAAGAUAUGCUAUAUGGAAUGGAUAAAAUUCACAAUUUUAGAGGGGACUAUGGAAGACCAUAUGUUGGAAUGAUAAAUGGUCGUAUUGGGUGCAAAAAUAUUGAGAAUGAGAUCUUCAAAAAAGACACUUUAGAUGAGACAGUUUCAUCAACGGUCGAGGUGGCUCUCCAGAAUAUGUCAUUGUCUUCAUCAUCUGCAAAUGUGGACCAGAAGACCUCUUCCCUUGCAACAAUGGAGGAGGAUCAGCUUGAAACAUCAACUCAAGCUUCUUCUACUUUGUUGGUCGAGAAUGCUCAUCAAAAGCUAAUGGAUGAGAUAAUGGACAAAUCCCCUUCCGUUUUAAGCUGUGAUGAAAAGGGUGCAAAUAUGGAGGCAAAUACACGUGCAAAGAAAAAUGGUACAAUUCUAGCUGAUGUUCUUCUAUAUUGUGCUCAUAUGGGUAAUGGUGGGCUUCAGUUGCAGAGGAUAAAUAAGUAUGAACUUGAAUAUGUCAAAGAGCUUGGAUCAGGAACUUAUGGAACAGUUUACUAUGGAAAAUGGAAGGGUUCCGAUGUUGCAAUUAAAAGGCUAAAGCCAAGCUGCUUCAUUGAUGAUACAAUGGAGGAUCGAUUGGUUGCCGACUUUUGGAAGGAAGCUCACAUAUUAGGUGGUCUUCAUCAUCCUAACAUAGUGGCAUUGUAUGGUGUAGUUACAGAUGGUCCCAUGAACAAUUUGGAAACAGUAUCCGAGUACAUGGUGAAUGGCUCUCUUAAACAAGUUUUACGAAAGAGAGAUGGAACCAUCGAUUAUCGCAAGCGGUUAAUAAUAGCAUUGGAUGCUGCGUUUGGUAUGGAGUAUUUGCACCAAAAGAACGUUAUCCACUUCGAUCUAAAGUCACACAACAUCCUUGUCAAUAUGAGGGAUCCUCUGCGCCCAAUAUGCAAGAUUGGCGAUCUAGGACUGUCAAAGAUUAAACAAAGUACACUUGUUUCUGGAGGAGUGCGUGGAACUAUACCAUGGAUGGCUCCAGAACUACUGAGUUGCGAGAGCAUGGUGUCAGAGAAGGUUGAUGUAUACUCUUUUGGAAUUGUCAUGUGGGAACUCUUGACUGGAGCAGAACCUUAUUCAAAUAUGCGAACGGAGGAAAUCAUAUGUGGUAUAAUCAAAGGCUGUCUAAGACCUGAAAUUCCAUAUUGGUGUCACCCUGCAUGGAGACAUCUGAUGGAGAGGUGUUGGUGUUCUGAUCCAAAAGCAAGACCGGCUUUCUCGGACAUUGCAAAGGAGCUAAGAGGCAUUGCUUCAUCCAUGAACAUCCUCUGAAGGCAAUUUUAGGAUUAAAGAUAACAUGACAAAUAUUGACAUCCUAAAAGCUGUUUCUAUAGGCACACAUUUGAUGGUGUUGCAUAUAUAACUUUUCAUUAUCCAAUAAAUGUGUGCCAAGGUACGUUUCCCUUGAAUAUUUACGUUCAAUAUCCGUUCUCGAAUACGGAGUAUUGCUUUGCUCCAAAUGUACACAUUAUUUGUGUAUAGUUUAUACCAACUCUAGAACAAAAAUUUUGCAAAUUUUGUUCACAAAUAUACCAUCGACUAACCUGCAUGCCGUGAAGGUUUUGUUUUUGUUAAAAUCUCC